GAGUUAAUAAGCCCAGUAUGUAAAAGAAUUGCUAUCUUUUCAUUUUUUAUAACAAUUUAUUUUAUUUUUAUUUAUUUAUUUUAUUAUAUCUUUCUUUUGAUGUAAAAUCUGACUCGAUAUUUAAAGUCAACAAUCCAUUUUAUUUGAUCUCUUAGAGUUAUCAAAUAUUAGCACAUAUAAGAUUAAAUACUAUUUAUUCAAAUCAAGCAAUAAAAAAUAAGUUUAUGUUAAACAAAAUUCUGGUUUUUUUUAAAUAUAUUGAGAAAUGAAUGAAAUAACAAUCUAUCUGAAAUAUUAAUAUGUAUAGUAAAAUAAAGCAGAAAUACAUUAAAUUUUUUAUUAUAAAAAAUCUAUUUUUGUAAAAGAUUCUCCUUUUAAACAUCAGACAUACAAGAGGCAGAGCAGAUUGGAAAUUCAAGAAAAUGAUAGCAGAUUUUAAUUUGAUCUUUUAAAUUAAAUGAAGGAAAAGAAUAUAUAAAUACUUUGCAAAGUUUAAUCAGAAAUCAUUAGUUUGAUUUUUAUUUGAUAGCUAUUAGAAACAAAAGAUAUCUUUCAAUUAUCUUUAGUAAAAAAAAUCAUAAGAAUAUGUUAUGUAUUAUAUUUUAGUAUUCAUAAAGUGUCUCUAAGAAUAAAUGUGCAUCUGUAUAUGUAGUUUCUAUUUGUAAACUUAUUCAAACACAUUAUUAUCUAUUUCCUCUAUCUUAUUAUCUUAUGGUAAAAACUAAG